ACGUCGCGAAGUUACACCGCCUCUUCCCGUCACUCCCACAAGGCAGCUACGUGUUGCGUCACCGCGUUUACGUACCGCCGUGACGCCAGUCUCGCGUGGUGAGACUUGUGGCGUCGGGAUUUACUGAAAGACAGGAGGAGGAAGCUUGCAAUUAACAUCUUUGCGGGAGGUGUAAGUAGCGAUCCGGGAUUGCGGGCAGUGUUAGGAAAAGCGGGACUGUGCAUUUACUUGAAUGAGAGGGUGACAUUUGAUCUCCCCUAACCUGUGAAAUUCCCGAAAGGUUCUACCGGGACGAAAACUGAGACAAAACUAGCAGUACAGAAAGCUGUGUAGAGACAAAAAAAUGCCGACACAUUAGUAGUCUCCCACCCUUCCGAAGUGUGCAGCUCACUGAAAGCAGGGGGCCCAGUCAUCCAAGCCACAAUCUACACAUGGCUACAGCAGAGAGUCCUAAACGGGACAGUAUUUCUCCACUAACAGUGCAACCGGAGCUCACACAAGAGGAGGAAGUUGGAAAAGACCACUCUUCAGAAAAGGAGUUGAGCAAAGUGCAAGAAAUCUGUACACUUUCGCUAGAAGAAAAGGAUGUAAAAGUCAGUAGCCCUCUUGCACCUGGUAAUCAUUCAGACGAGGAUGAUAAUUUAAGUGAGACAAAGUCUCAGGACACUGAUAAUGAACCGGUACAAGAUGAAACAAACUCUCCUUUUGAUAAUGUGGAACGUGAGGAGAGAGCCAGUGAUCUGAAUGAUGAGGCCUCCUCAGUGACAAGGGAGUUGGAUGAGCAUGAAUUGGACUAUGAUGAGGAGGUGCCAGAAGAACAACCAGGUCUUGUUCAGGAGGAGGAGAAUGAAAAACUUGGAGCUGAUGAUGAAGAUGACAAGGAAAAAGCAGAAGACUCUCCCACAGAUAAGGAACUAAGCAAUAAAGAUGAAGAGGCAGACAAUGAUGAAAAGCAUAAAGAGAAAAAGAAAGAUGAUGAUGAGGGUGAUGCUGAUGAAGGAGAAAUAGAUGAUGAAGACUUGGAGGAAGGUGAAGUUAAAGAUCCCAGCGAUAGAAAAACAAGACCAAGGAUUACUUGCAGAUUCUUCAUGAGAGGUCAUUGUACAUGGGGAAUGAGCUGCCGGUACCUCCAUCCUGGAAUGAAUGAUAAAGGGAAUUAUUCGUUGAUUACUAAGCAGGACACUUUUUCAUCGAAUGGUACUCCUACUGCUGGAACUAAUCCUCUUGCUCCAUCAAAUCCCUGGGGAGCACCUUCAACUGAUGAAUUACUUCCACCAGUGCCUGAACCUCCUACAGAGAGUGCUUGGGAAAGAGGACUUAGACAUGCAAAAGAGGUGCUAAAGAAAGCCACAAUAAGGAAAGAACAAGAGCCUGACUUUGAGGAGAAACGCCUUACUGUAAGCAUUGGAGAGGAGGAACGAGACUUUGAUAAAGAAAAUGAUUUUAUGCAUGACUGGAAUUAUCGUAUCACUAGAGAAGUUCGUGAAUCAGGGGAAGUGGAAUUUCGUGAAACUCUAAACCAUGCGGCAGACCCAUAUGCAGAUCCAUAUUAUGACUUUGAAAUGGAACGCUUCUGGCGAGGAGGCCAAUAUGAGAAUUUCAGAGUACAGUAUACAGAAACGGAACCCUAUCGCUACAGGGAAAGAGAUAGGGACAGACAACGUGACCGAGAAAGGGAUCGGGACAGGGAACGAGACAGAGAACGUCGCCAACGAGAAAGGGAGAGAGAAAGAGAGCGAGACCGAGACAAGGAGAGACAGAGACGAAAAGAAGAUUGGGAGAAAGAUAGGACCAAAAGAGAUGAGAAAGAGCGACAAAAAGAGAAGGAAAAAGACAAAGAGAAGGAUAAAGACAAGACAAAAGUAAAGUCUCCACUCCUGGCAGGGGGCCGCCCAACUGAUGCAGCAAAAAAGGAGGCCUCUACUACUGCUUUGGCAGCUACCAAUACUGCUACCUCUGCUGCUGCUGCUGCUGUAGCAGUCGCUGCGGCCGCCGCUGCUGCCACUUCUGCUACCCCUGCAACAACUGGCUCCUCACAGAUAAAAAGAGCUGAUGAGUGGAAGGAUCCAUGGCGUCGGUCCAAGUCUCCAAAAAAGAAGCCUGGUAUGUCUGCAUCACCCAGCCGAGGAAGGAGACGGAGGCACUCAUCUGGCUCCUCUGCAUCAGGGUCCAACUCCUCAAGGUCAUCUUCCCGGUCCUCCUCAUACACUGGCUCCUCUCGCUCUAGAUCAUCCUCUUAUUCUUCCUAUUCAAGCCAAUCGUCCCGUCGCAGCUCAUUCUCUGGCAGCGGGUCCAGAUCUCGAUCAUUCUCCUCAUCCCCCUCACCUUCACCUUCUCCACACAAAGGACCCAUGAAAACAAAAGGGGAGCCUAAUGCAGCUAAAGGAGAAAAGCAAAUUGUGAAAAAGCCUGCCCCUCCGCCGGUGACAGUGUUGAAUGUGAAACCGCCAAAAAGUGCUCCAGACCUCUCAAAACCGGGAGAUAAUAGAAUUGGCAGACCAAAGGAGGUAACAAGGAAAGCUCCUCCAAUGAGGAGAACUAUAAGCGGCAGUAUCAGUGGCAGUGCUAGCAGCUACAGUGGCUCUAGUUCCAGAUCGGGGUCUCGUUCACUAUCCAGAUCUUCUCGCUCCAGUUCCUCAUCUGUCUCACCCUCUCCAUCUGCUUCAAGGAAAUCCAGGAAAUCGAGAUCCCUAAGUGUGAGCAGUGUCUCUGCAGCAUCAAGUAUUUCCUCUAGCAGCAGCUCUGUGCGCAGUGCAGACUCUGAUGAUAUGUAUGCUGACCUUGCCAGUCCCAUCUCUUCUGCUAGCUCCCGCUCUCCCACACCUGCCCAGGCCAAGAGGGAAAAAGGGGACAAAACUAAAAAAGAAGAGCAAAGACUGUCUAAAGAAGAGAAAAGGUCACGGGAAAUGGGCUCCUCCCAGCCUCUUAAAGCUGCUCCUGCUAAAGUGGCAAAAACCAUUUCUGCUAAUAAACCAGCUCAGCCGCCACUUCCUCUUGUACCAGCAGCCCCAAUCGGUUUCAGCGCCCACAAGGACAUCAAACUGACUCUCCUUAAUAAGUUGGCAGACAAAGGGAACAGGAAACGUUAUGAACCAGCAGACAAGGACAGACCGGCCUCACCCCCUGCCAAGAAGCCCAAUUUGUCACCAGACAGAACUAUUCGAGAUCGCAAGCAAACUGCAAAACCACCUUCUCCAAAACCUGACCGCCAACGGGUUCAGAAUCCAAAACCAGCGCCCACUCAGACAGAGAGGAAGCGCCCUCUGUCCCCACAGCCGAAAAGCUCAAGCAAAAUUACCAGCAUCCCAGGCAAAGGGCCAGAUGCCCCUCCUGCAGCUGCCAAGCCAAGCAAGCCCAGCACAUUGUCUCGCAGGGAAGAACUUCUCAAGCAGCUCAAAGCUGUGGAGGAUGCUAUUGCACGGAAGAGAGCCAAAAUUCCUGGGAAAGUAUAGCCCCAGCUGCAGGAGAAACAAGAAGACUUCUGUGUUUUUAUACAUACAGUUUGAGCUUUGAAGGUGGCCACAUAGGAUUUUGGGAAUCCCAUCCCCACCUCUGUUUCAUUUUAUUUUGGCCAUAAGUUCAUCUUAAUUUUGCAAAAGCAUGAAGUAGAGGAAGAUCACUGUGGAAUAAAAUCUCUCCAUCGUCUUAGCUCUUGUCCUAUGGUUGCACAGGAACACAACCGAAUCCUCAGUGGAUCGGGAAUAUUCCAGUAUCUAGAGUAUGAGACACCGUUUUGUGGGUGAUAAAAUUAUGUGCUUUGAUCUUUCCUGGCGAUCAAUGAGUGUUCUUUUUUUUAUUGUUUUUUUUUUUUUUUUAAUUGUUUUGCUUCUUUGGCUCUUUCAUUGCCUCUAGCAAAGAGCCUUCCUUCUCUAAACAGGAAAUGAAAUCAAUGCUGUGUCCUGAAGCUUCAGCAUCACUCUUCAACCUGCAACUUGCUCUGUCUGUCCUCCAAGCAAGGCAAAAACUAUAAAUAUAUAUAUAUUUUCUCGAUUCAAUCCUGAAUGAGAAUUAGGCAUAUUUUUAAUUUUAAGUCAUAGGCUGUUUUAGGUUAGGAGGGAGGAGGACAGACAUGAAUAGCUGGGAUGAAAAAGCCAAUGCAGUGCUAUUGUUGGGAUGUCUAUCUGUUGACUUGGACAUUUUUUUGGGGGUGAUGUACCCCUGGAAUAAAGUAUUUUGAUAAAACAC